CCCCAGGCCCAUCCUUGACCUUGCUCCCGGUAAGAAGGGCUGCGUGCAUGAAGGGGGGAUGGAGAGGCCCCGCCUCCCUGCAUCCCUAAGUACCUUAGCCUUACUUGGGCUCCUUGUCCGGCUUUAGUCCCGUCUGGGAGCCUUGGUGGGGGCCCCGGAGGUCCCUGCCUUGCUGCUCCUUCACCACAGCUGGGGUGGAGGCCCCGCGGGGCGCUGGCCCCUCCCUGCCCCUCCGCCUCACCCUUGGGGGCACUGCUCCACUGCAUAACAGGAAAUUUCAAACAACAGGAAACCCUGGCCUAGUCUUCGGUGCAGCUCAGGGCGGGCAGGGCACUCCACCCUGCUCGCGCCCAGACACCAGCUCUCACUGGGUGUGCGAGGGGCCCCAGGGAAUAGCGCAGCCUCGUUUGCUCGUGGCCUCGGCUCGCUCCCAGGCUGGGUGAUGAACCUCUCCUCUUGCUACCAGCUGGUGGACCAAGGGCACCCAGACCUCAUCCUGCAGCACUACAACCACACGGGCCGCCUGGAGUUUCGGGGCCCUCCCGAAGAGGGCCUGGGCUGGCUUCGCGCCCUCUUCGUGGCCGUCAGCUGCCUCAUCAUCCUGGAGAACCUGCUGGUGCUGGUGGCCAUCACCACUCACAUGCGCUCCCGCCGCUGGGUCUACUACUGCAUCGUCAACAUCACGCUGAGCGACCUGCUCACCGGGGUGGCCUACCUGGCCAACAUCGUGCUGUCGGGCGGCCGCACCUUCCGCCUGACGCCCGCGCGCUGGUUCCUGCGCGAGGGGCUGCUCUUCAUGGCCCUGGCCGCGUCCACCUUCAGCCUCCUCUUCACGGCGGUGGAGCGCUUCGCCACCAUGAUGCGGCCGGUGGUGGCGCGGAGCACCAGCAAGAUGGUCCGCGUGUACGGCUUCAUCGGCCUCUGCUGGCUCCUGGCGCUGCUGCUGGGGCUGCUGCCUCUGCUCGGCUGGAACUGCGUCUGCGACUUCUCCAACUGCUCCAGCCUGCUGCCCCUCUACUCCAAGUGGUACAUCCUCUUCUGCGUGGUCAUCUUCAGCUUGAUCCUGGCCUCCAUCAUGCUGCUCUACGGCGCCAUCUUCCGCCUGGUCCGCGCCAACGGGCAGAAGGUUCCGCGAGGCCAUGCCCAGUGCAAAGCGCAGCGCCUCCUGCAGACGGUGCUCAUGAUCCUGGUGGCCUUCCUCCUCUGCUGGGGGCCGCUCUUCGGCCUGCUCCUGGCCGACAUCUUUGGCACGGCCGCCUGGGCCCAGGAGUACCUCCGCGGCAUGGACUGGAUCCUGACGCUGGCGGUCCUCAACUCGGCCAUCAACCCUCUCAUCUACUCCUUCCGCAGUCGGGAGGUGUGCCGGGCGGUCUUGGGAUUCCUGUGCUGCGGCUGUCUGAGACUGGGCCUCCGGGGCCCCGGCGACUGCCUGGUCCGGGCCAUGGAGACCCAUUCCGUCUCCUCCACCGAAAGCUCCCUCCGGCCCCGGGACAGCCUUCGGACCUCCCGUUCUCUCAGCUUCCGGAUGCGUGAGCCUCUGUCCAGCGUGUCCAGCGUGCGAAGUGUCUGAGGCUGCUGGAAUCCCCCGCCCCGUCUCUGGGCCCAAACCCCUCCUCCUGCGCUUGCCUUCUGACCGUGGUCCCCCUAGGGGAUGGGGCUUUGGGCCCUUGCCCAGCGGACCAUUGGCCGAAGUUCCGGGCGUCGUCCCCCCUUGCCUAGUUUCCUGCAAGGGGUUUUGGGCAAUGAUCUGGGGUAGGGGUCGCGGGCUGGAUGCCAAGGCCCUGAGGUCUUGGGCAAAGAGGAUGUUGCCCCAUAGAGCCCCAGGAGCCCCAGUGGCCACUGGCGGAUUGCCCAGGGCAAAGAUCUCCUACCUCCGAGUCUGAGGGAGUGGCUGCCGCGGGACUGGGGCUGCUGUCCGCCGCUGCCUCCCCUCGGCCCCUCCGAGCUUCUCGGGGUGACCCUGGCCUCAGUCUUGGCUCAGCACUGCCGGACUCAGUGGGCAGCUCCCAGACUGGCGCCUGGUGCUUGAUGGGGACAGUGCAGAGGAGGGAAGGGAGGCAGGGUCCAGCCCUAGAGAAGGGACUAAACGCAGAGGGAUGGCUUGGGGGGAGGCAGUCCUGGAGCCGGCCUUCCUGGGGGUCCUUUCUGUGAGGCACCAGCCACGUAGGUGUGUGUGUAGAUCUCCGGCUUCACAGAGAAGUCCUCUUGCCAUCCUUUUGCCUCUGUGGCUCUGCCCAAAGAUGCUCCUCUUCCCUGUUUUUGGAAAUCUCUAGGAAGGAGAUUCCAGGCUUCCUGUUCCCCAAAGACCUGCAAGCAGGCUCCCGAGAGGGAUAUGUGUGCAUGGAUCCCAGGGUUGGGGCUCCCUGGGACCUCCGAUGUCAUCUAGGGAUCACGAGUGGGGCCAUGGCAAACCUGUCUGGGUUUUUGUUUUGUUUUGUUUUUUCAUUUUGAAAACUGCAUUUCAACUUAGUUUCCUCGGUAAUCCCAUGUUUCUUGCGUUACUCUUUUAAGAACACAAUUCUGGGGCUAGCUACAAAUGGCUCAGUGGCUUGAGAGCCAGGUUUGUAGGUGGAAGGUCUCGUGUUCAAAUCUGGCCUCUCAGACCCUUCCUAGCUGUGUGACCCUGGGCAAGUCACUUCACCCCCACUGCCUAGCCUGUACCACUCUUUUGCCUUGGCACCAAUACCCAGUAUGGUUUCUAAAAUGGAAGGUGAGGGUUUAAAAAAUAAAAUAAAAUAAAAACUUGAUUCUGAGAAAGGCUUCCCUAAGCUGCCGGCUAAAGGGAUCAAUAAAGGACACAAAAAAAAGAGUUAAGGAUGACUGAUCUCAGUAGCUGUGUGACCCUGAGCAAGUCACUUAACUCCUUUUGCCUAACCUUUGCUCUUCUGUCUUAGAGUUGUUGCAGAAAGUAAGGGGUUAAAAAAGGAAUUACUGAUCCAGUCCUUUUGCCUAACCUUUGCUCUUCUGUCUUAGAGUUGUUGCAGAAAGUAAGGGGUUAAAAAAGGAAUUACUGAUCCAGUCCUUUUGCCUAACCUUUGCUCUUCUGUCUCAGUUGAUGCAGAAAGUAAGGGGUUAAAAAAGGAAUUACUGAUCCGGUCCCAUCCCUUAUGAUGAGGAAUGAGGUCCAUGGAAAGGGAGAGCCUUGUCCAAAGUCCUAUGGCUUAUGUGUAACGGAGGCAAGGUCUAUGAGUGUGUGCGUUAAUUAUGUGAUCGUGUGUACUGAGAGGAGUUGAGUGAGGGCCCUCCAGAUAACCGUUAUCUGGGUUUUUACCAACAGAGGCUCUUCCUCUCACUUCCCUUCCUUUUCUCACCCUUCCCUCUCUUUAGUUCUGGGGGAUGUGACUGCCAGCCUCAGACACGAAGACCCCUGGGCUGAGACCAUUUGGAAAGGCCGCUCUCUCCGCCUCCCUGUCCCCACGAUCUUUUCUUCUCACUUUUAAACAUUAUUUUUCGCAAGUUAAAGAGGAACUUUCAGGGAGUGCCGGGCCACGGUAGGGAGGUGGCUGCCAUUUUCUGAGAUGUGGAGUGUAAGGCACCAUCUAUAACCAUUGGAGGUAGGCAGUGCAGAGCCCUGAGCCCAGAUGCCAGCAGGGAUGCCAGGGAAAGCUUUGCUUUCUACCCCCAGGGACCACAGUCACCCCUCACCUCCUCUUUUUGCUGAUGAAGCUCCCAUGGCCUCCCUCCUCCUUCUCCCAUUCCCCAGCCUGCCUCUUUUCUGCAUUUUCUGAGAACAAUGGAAGGAGGUCUGGGUUGGCAGUCAGGAGACUUGAGUUCUAGUUUCAACUCGACCAGCAACUUGCUAUUUCAUCUUGGGAAAAAUCUCUUCCCCUUCCUGGCCUUGAAUAUCCUCCUCUAGCAAAUGAGAGUCCUCGCUCCCAGCUCUAAUAUUCUGUGUUCUAAGGGCUCUCUCGGCUCAAGGCC